AUGGGUGACUAAGAGCCUCUAAAAAGCAAGGAAGAUUAUUUUAUAUAUCGUCUUGCUUGCUCAUUCAACAUAAGAAACUCUCUUUAAUAAGACAAAUUCAAGAAAUCUUUUGAAACUGAAGAUAAUAAAAUGGUGUUUGACAGACUAAUGAAGGAUGAAAGUAACAUGAUGGCUGUAUUUGCCAUUCAAUCUGGUGCGGAGUCUGUUACAUUAUUUUCGGAUGUUCCUCAUCCAGAUAAGUUCAGAAAGAAGGGACUGAUCGCACUCAAAAUAUCAGAGAGCCCACUGUCAGUAUAGAAUAUCACUCAAAAUAUCGUGUUUUUGGAAUUGACAAGAAAUAUUUUGGAGCAUUUGUAUUCAACCUUCUAUGAAAUAAUGAGUCCAAUUCUCUAGAAUCCAAGCAAUCAAUAGGGAUGGACAGACUUGGUAGCAAAGGACUUGAUGGAGAAGUUCAACGCAUAUGUUGCCCAAGUUUACGUAAUGAUAGGACAGAUCGAAGGAAGAACCAAAUUGCCAAUCCCAUCACACAAGUUAACUUAAUCAGAUACAACUCCAGCCAAAGACAAAGCUCAUGUGUAUGAAAGUUCAAUAAUAACAUGGACAAAGUAAAUAAAGAAUGUCUUGAAGUUGGAGCCAGAAUAAGCUUUGAAAAACGGCCACAAUCCAGGACCUUUGGUGGAAUUGAAGUUUUGGGAGAACAAAGCAGCCAAUCUCAAUAGCAUAAAGGAGCAAUUGGAAGGAUCUGAAGUCAUUAAGAUUUUAAGAUUUUUGGAAGUGAACAAGUCGACCUACACAAAUCCAUUUUCAAAAUUACAAAGGGAAGUAACAAAGGCGAGAGAGGAAGCUAAUGACAAUAAUAAAUUCUUAGAUUUAUUGAAGGAUCCCUUCUAAAGACUACAAGAUACAGGUGGAGACUUCUAGUCCUUACAUGAGUUGUUCAUUCCAAUAAUGCACAGAAUUCUCUUGAUUUGGAAGAAUUCUAAGUUCUACAAUACACCUCCCAGAUUAGUGGUUUUGAUUAGAGAGAUAUGCAAUGCCAUCAUCACCAAAGCUCAAGAUUUCGUAAAUGGACCUAUGAUUUUCUAAAUGAUUAGUUCUGAAGAAACAUUCGAGGCAUGUGAAAAGUUGCAAAUCACAAUUGAUGUAUGCACAAAGUUCAAGGAUGCUUACUUUGAAUACAAGGCCAAGGCAGACGGAAAUUGGAAGUUGACAACAAAUGCAUUGUUUGUUAGAUUGGAUUCCUUUUUGGAGAGAUGUCAUGAUAUCUUACAUUUGACUAAUACAAUAGUUCAGUUCAACAAAUUAGCCAAGAUCGAUCUUGGUGGUACAAAGGGAAAGACAUUGACAGAAUCAGUUUAACAAAUUUUUGUUGAGUUUUAAAAGGCUGUAGAGCAAUUCUAAUAAGUUAAAUAUGAUAUUAUGGAUAUUACACAAAAAGAAUUUGAUGAUAGUUUUUAUGAAUUCAGAUCAAAGAUAAAGGAAUUAGAAAGAAGAUUGGCUUCAGUAAUCACAUAAGGAUUUGAUGAUUACGAUACAUUGCAUGGAAGAUUCAAAUUACUAGAUAGUUUUGAAGGUCUGUUAUCAAGACCAAUAAUCUAGGAUGAAUUGGAGAAAAAACACAUAGUAUUAUUAGAUAUGUACAAAUAAGACUUGAAAUAAGUCCAACAAAUAUUUUUGGAAGGUUAUGAAUUGGUUGAUAAAUUGCAUGAAAGAGCUCCAAUUUAUAACAACAUGCCUCCCAUUGCAGGAGCAUUGAUGUGGUGCAAGGGACUCAGAGACAGAAUCACUGAACCUCUGGAUAAGUUGGCACAAUUAGGACAAGGUAUUACAGAGAGGGAAGAAUAUAAGGAUGUGUUGAAGUUAUACCAAUCAAUUACAAAACAAAUCAAAGAUUAUGAACAGACAAAGAUUUUGAGUUGGGAAUAAGAGGUAGGAAAGGUGUCUGAAGAGAAGUAGAAGCAACCCUUAUUGUCAAAGGAUGAGAAUGGAUUGUUGAGAGUUAAUUUCGAUCCAGCUUUAGUUAGAUUGCUAAGGGAAGUGAAGUAUUUCACAUUGCUCGAGUAACCAGUUCCUGAGUCUGCCUCGGAAUUGUACUCAAAGAAUGACACUUUCAGAGAGUACAUUGUGUAAUUGGAGAUGAUCGUUGAGAAUCACAACUUCAUUGUAACUUAGUUGCAUCCAAUGGAAGAGCCCUUGAUCAAGAAUAGAAUUGAGAAGAUGGAUGAAGUAUUGAAACCAGGUAUCGAGCAUUACAAGUGGAAGAGUAAUGACAUCAAUAAAUUCAUUGAAACAGCUAAGGCAACUGUGGAUGAAUUGCAUUAGAUAGUGUAAAAGAUGAAGGAGACUCUCAAGAAGAUAGAGUAAGCAUUGGAGAAGUUCAACACAAAGAUUAUUGAGAGAAAGAACAAGCCAAUGUCUCCAGAUGAUUAUGAUCAAUUCUUGAAGGCCGUUGUUUAGAACAAGUUGUCCAUAGUCAAGGAUAACGGUACAUCAAUUAACAAGCUUGUGAAGGAAGUCCUUGAUCAAGUCAAGGUUGAUAAGAAGCAAUAGGCUUGGAUAAAUUACCAAUAUUAUUUGAAUUCAAUAGUCAUCAAUGGUUUGGCCAGAGCCAUCAUAACUGCCUUGAAUCACAUGAAUGAGUAGAUCAAUCCACAAUACAUUAAGAAGCAUGAGAUUGCACCUUUGUUUGAUAUCAAAUUGGAAUUGUUUAGAAAUGUGGGAAUUCAAUAUGAGCCUGAAAUUGAGGAGACCACACAAGGACAAAGUGUUCGUAACACAAUCAGAGGAUGGGCCAAUGACAUGUUCUACAUUGCAGGUCAAUUCUAAAGAUUGGAUUCAGCCAAUCCUUUUGGUGAUUACUUGCCAGAAAUUAGAGAAUACUUUGAAAUCAAAGAAGUAGUUCAAGCAAUCAACCUUAAUUUGGAUCAGAUCGAAGAGGAAACUCGAUCCUUUAAAUAAUCUUAUAUGACUUACAGUUACCUUUGGUUGGAAGAUCCUAAGUAAGCAUUCGAAGACUUCAUGUAGAAGAAUGAGCCCAAAGACGCUCCUGAAGAUGAGGAUCAAUCCCAAAAUCCCUUGUUACAAGGUUGCAGAAUAAAGAUCCCCAAGUUGGACUUGUUUGAUGAUAAGAUCACAACCUUGAAGAACAUUCAAUAAGAAAUCAAUAGAAUUUUGACACCAUAUGAAAUUUCAUGGUUGAGAAUCAAUCUACAACCAUUGAAGAGUGCUCUUGAAAACAAGGUCAGUCAAUAAAUAAAAGUGUACACUGAGUUUUUGGUUGUGUAAUUCAAGACCACUUUGAAGAACCUCAAGGGAUUCAUCCAAAGAACUAAUGAGGGAAUCAAAGAGAACCCAGCAAGUGAGGAGAAUGCUGGAAAUAGAGACUUGUUGAUGAAGGUCAUGAGAGUGAUCUCAGAUGUCAAGGAUGUAGAACACAAAUGCGAAGGAAUUGUGGUUAGGAUGAAGGAGAUGGUCAAUAAGUUGAAGAAGCAUGGAGUUCAAAUUAUGGAGAAAGGAGAGGAGGAUCCAGUUUAGAGCAUCGACAAUGCAUUUACUCAAUUUAAUGAGACCACUUAGAAAGUGUUCAAGAUCAAGGCUGAAAUCUUGCCAUUGUAAACUCAGGAAACCAUCAAUAUCAAGAAGAAAUUGGAUGAAUUCUAAAAGAAGGUUUCAGACUUCAGAAAUGAUACUCUCAAUAAUCUACCCUAUAGUUAUCAUGAUGACAUGAAGAUGGAUCAAAUAUUGUAUUCCUAUGUCACCAUUGACGAGUACUACAAGAAGUUGUUGUAGAUGGAGAAGGAAGCUGCUGAUUAUAAUCAAUUGGAGAAAUUGUUUGAAUUGGAGAAGAGUGGUUACAAGCAAUUGAGAGAAACCAAUGUUGACUUGAAGUCAUUGAAGAUAAUGUGGGAUGCCAUUUCAAUGGUGAAUUAUCAAUACAACGAUUGGAAAUCCAAGCCAUUCAGAUAGAUCAAGGCUGAUGUGUUGUUGGAAUCCAAUAAAGUCUUGGGAAAUCAAUUGAAGAACUUACCAAAGGAAGUCAAGAACUUCAAGGGAUACAAUGCAAUUGUUGAUAAGGUCAAGAAUAUGUCAGUUGUGUUGCCAUUGGUCUCAGCCUUGCAUAGUGAAUUUAUGGAGGAUAGACAUUGGAGUUAGGUUAAGGAUAUGACUAAGAGCAAAUUUGAACACAAGGCAAUGACAUUCUUGUUUGAUGACAUUCUUGCUUUGCAAUUGUAUAAAUUUGAUGCUCAAAUCAAUGAGGUUGUGGAAGUGGCCUCGAAGGAAGCAAAGAUUGAAAAGAAGUUGAAGAUGAUUGAGACAGCUUGGUUGAAAUAGAUCUUCGAAUUUGAAGAUUACAAGGAGACUAAGGUCUUUUUGCCCUUGGACAACAUGAUGGAAAUGUUGGAUUAACACUCUCUUGAUUUGAUGGGUAUGAAAGGAUAGGGUAAAUAUGUUGAGUUCUUUUACAACACAGUGGAAGAUUGGAGAGAGAAGUUGGGCAGAGUUGACUCCGUGGUUGGUGAAUGGUUGAAGGUUUAGAAGAAUUGGAAGACUUUGGUGAAUAUCUUCAUUGGAUCUGAGGAUAUUAGAAUGCAAUUGCCAGAAGACACUAAAGUGUUUGAAGCUGUUGACAAAGAAUUCAGAGAACUCAUGACUGAAGUGGCAGCCAAUCCCUUGGUGAUUGAGGCAUGCAUUAAUGAAAGAAAGGAUCAAUUGGUUGCAAUGAGUUUAAACAUUAAGAAGUGUGAAAAGGCUUUGAAUGAUUAUUUGGAAUAGAAGAAGAAGGCAUUCCCAAGAUUCUAUUUCUUGUCCAAUCAAUCCUUAUUAACCAUCUUGUCAAAUGGUUAGAAUCCUCCCAAGGUUUGCGAAUUCUUGGGUGAUUGUUUCGAUGGUAUGAAGACUCUCAGUUUUGAACCAUCCAAGAAUCCAAAUGAUGUUCCAAGAAGUACUCACAGUAUGAUUUCUAAGGACGAUGAGAAGGUGCCAUUUUCAUCGAAUUUCGAAUGUGUAGGAGCAGUUGAACAUUGGUUGUCAGCUUUGGAAUACAAGAUGAGAGAGACAUUGGAGGAAAUAUUGGAGAAGGCAAAGGAGACAUCAGAGAAUUGGGAAAGUGGUGACAAUCCAAGAGAGGAUUGGGUUAAGAACUAUUGUGCUUAGAUUGCAUUGUUGACAACAUAAAUUGUAUGGACUGAAGAUGUGACUAGAGCCUUUGAAGAUUUGGCUGGUGGUGCUGAGACAGCAAUGAAAGAAUGUUUGAAAUUGAUUGAAGUUCGUAUUGAUAAUUUGAUCAAGAAGGUCAGAGGUAAUUUGGAAAUCUUGGAGCGUAUGAAGAUCAUCAACAUUAUUACAAUUGAUGUGCAUUCAAGAGAUGUGGUUGAGAAGUUCUGCAUUUAGAAAACUUAAGAGUUGGAGUCCUUUGCUUGGUUGUCACAAUUGAAAUUCUAUUGGGACAACAAGGACAAUGAUAUGCAUUUAAGAUAGGCAUUGAGAUUCAAAUGGGAGAAGGAGAGAGAUAAAUCAAAGUGUAUUAUUAGAAUUGUCGAUUGGUUCAGAUUCUAUUCAUAUGAAUACGUUGGUAAUGCCUUGAGAUUGGUCAUUACUCCCUUGACAGAUAGAUGUUACAUCACAUUGACAUAAGCAUUGAAUCUUACAAUGGGUGGUGCACCAGCAGGUCCAGCUGGUACUGGUAAAACUGAAACAACAAAGGAUUUAGGUAGAGCAGUAGGAUUACCAGUCAUGGUGUUUAAUUGUUCAGAUCAGAUGGGUAAGGACUCAAUGGCUUAGAUCUUUAUGGGUUUGUCUCAAUCAGGAGCUUGGGGAUGUUUCGAUGAGUUCAAUAGAAUAGCCAUAGAAGUGUUGUCUGUCAUCAGUACUCAAGUGAAGACAAUUUUGGAUGCAUUGAAGGAAAAGAAGCCCAAGUUGAUCUUUAUGGAAGAAGGAGAAAUCUCAAUUUAGGACACAGUCGGAUUCUUCAUUACUAUGAAUCCAGGAUAUGCAGGUAGAACUGAAUUGCCUGAGAAUUUGAAAGCGUUGUUCAGAUCAUGUGCUAUGGUUGUGCCAGAUUUGGUAUUGAUUUGUGAGAAUAUGCUUAUGUCUGAGGGUUUCCAAUAAGCAAGAGCUUUGAGUAGAAAGUUCGUGUCAUUGUACAUGUUAUCAAGAGAAUUGUUAUCAAAGGCUAGACAUUACGAUUGGGGUCUGAGAGCAGUAAAGUCAGUGUUGAGACAGGCUGGUAAAUUGAAGAGAGCUGAUCCAUAGAUUGCAGAGGAUCCAUUGUUGAUGAGAGCUCUGAGAGAUUUCAAUAUGCCAAAGAUUGUCACAGAUGACAAGCCAAUCUUUUUGGGUUUGAUAGGAGAUUUGUUCCCAAGAAUUGAAUGUGAGAGUAAGACAAAUCCUGAAUUGAAGAGAAUUGUAGUUGAGACAACCAAGUAAGAUAUGGGAUUGGUGGCUGAAGAGAUGUUUGUGUUGAAGGUAGUAUAAUUGGCUGAAAUAUUGGAAGUGAGACAUUGUGUGUUUGUGAUAGGUCCACCAGGUUGUGGUAAGACAAGUGUAUGGAAGACAUUGGCAAAGACUCAUUACAAUAGAGGAGAGGAUUUCGAAUUGGAUACAUUGAAUCCCAAGGCUGUCACAUCAGAUGAAUUGUUUGGAUGUUACACAAAGACAAAGGAAUGGAAGAAUGGUGUGUUGAGUAUGAUCAUGAAGAACCAAAACAAAUGUGAGGAGAAAUACAAGUAGAGUCACUUGCACAAAUGGUCAAUUUUGGAUGGUGAUAUUGAUCCUGAAUGGAUUGAAUCCUUGAACACAGUCAUGGACGACAACAAAGUGCUAACCCUUGUGUCCAAUGAUCGUAUUCCUUUGACUCCUUCAAUGAGAUUGUUGUUCGAAAUUUCCAACCUUAAGAAUGCAACACCUGCCACAGUGUCAAGAGGAGGUGUGUUGUUUAUCAAUGAGACAGAUAUUGGUUGGAUGCCAUACAUGAACAGUUGGUUGGAAAGGUCAUUCGAGAAGUGUGUAGUGAAAAGAGAAGGAUUGAUGGGACAAGUGCCUUAAUCACCUCCCAUCGACGACAUUGCCAAGUCAGUGUUCUACAGAUGUUUCCAAUAGUACUUCGAAACCAAUCCAGACAUUAGAGACAAGAGCAAGGUCAGACUCAUUGUUCCACAAGUCGACAUCGCUUAAGUGAUGACCAUCUGUAUGAUCUUGGAUGCUCUGCUCUUGGAGACAGAUUACACAAAGAUCUCAGCAAUGAAAGAAGACGAUCAAAAAAUGAUCUAUGAAGCCUAUUUCAUUUAUGCAGGAAUGUGGGCUAUUGGUGGUUGUUUCGGAGGAGGACAAGAUGAUGAAAAGGACAUGAAAGAUUUCAACUCAGUGUGGAAAGCUGCAGCCAAAGUCAGAAUGCCAGAAUAAGGAAUGUGUUUCGAUUACUACUUCGAUUUUGCUGAAUAGAAAUGGACUCAUUGGUAGGCUAGAGUGGUGCCUUAUAUUGCCACUGACGAAGCCAUCUUCUCUAAAAUCUACGUGGCUACACUCCAUACAACCAGAUUGAGAAUUCUGUUGGACUACCAUCUCAAGAGAAAGAAGUGUGUCUUAUUUGUAGGAUCUGCAGGUACUGGUAAAUCUGCUGUCAUCAAGGAUUAUUUGAGUCAAACCAAAACAGAUCAAGUGUCUUACAAGACCAUCAACUUCUCCUCAUUUACUGAUUCCUUAGCCUUGUAGAAGAACAUCGAAUCCAUGGUUGAAAAGAAGUCUGGUAGAACUUUCGGUAGUGCUACAGGAAAGGCUUUGAUUUGCUUCAUCGAUGAUAUGAAUAUGCCAUAUGUCGAUAAGUAUGGUACCUAACAGCCAAUCCAAUUGCUGAGACAAGUUGUUGAUUAUGGAAGUGUUUUCAACAGAGAACAAUUGGAAGAGAGGAAAUUCCUCUAAGACUUGCUCUUCUUCAGUGCCUUGAAUCAAAAGUCAGGAUCCUUCAUCAUCGAUUUGAGAUUGCAAAGAAACUUCUCAGUCUUCACCAUGUAUACUCCAAAUGCUGAAAUCAUUAAGACUAUCUUCGGUGCCAUCUUGAACAGUCAUUUGGCUACCUUCGAUGAUAAAAUUCACAAGUUGUCAGACAAACUGAUCGAAGCCACUAUCCACUUAUUCAAUAAGGUUCUCAAAGACACAAGAUAUUCUCCCUCAGCCAGAAAAUUCCAUUAUCAAUUCAAUUUCAGAGAACUUGCCAAGGUCGUAGAGGGUAUAAUGAGAUCUACUCCCAAUCAAUACAGGGGACAACCAAACAGAAUGUUGAGAUUGUGGGCACAUGAAGCCAAGAGAGUGUUUGAGGAUAGAUUCAUCAAUGAAGAGGACAUCAAGGUCUUCAGAGAUUACGUUAAGGAUGCAUUGGUCAAGAACAUUGGAGAACCAGAUGAUAAGGACAAUCCCUUGGAAGAACCAAAUGUGUUCACAUCCUUUGUUGCUGCACAUAUCGGUCAGGAACAACAAUAUACUAAUUGCGAUGCCAUUACAUUGAGGAAAGUGUUGGAUGAUAAGUUGAGAGAGUACAAUGAAGUGAAGGCCAUGAUGAAUUUGGUGUUGUUCUAGUAGGCUAUGGAACACGUUUGUAGAAUUGCUCGUAUUUUGGAGUUGCCAGGUGGUAAUGCAUUGUUGGUUGGUGUCGGUGGUUCAGGUAAAUAAUCACUCACAAGAUUGGCAACCUUCAUUUUGGGAUACGAUGCUGAUCAGAUGGUGGUCACAUCCAAUUUCACAAUCAAUGAUCUCAGAAAUUACUUAUAGGAAAUAUACAAGAAAGUGGCUAAACCCAGUUCUGGAAGCAGAUGUUACAUUUUGACUGACUCCCAAAUCAAGGAGGAAAUCUUUUUGAUUCCCAUCAAUGAUAUGUUGAAUUCUGGAUGGAUCUUCGAUCUCUUCCCCAAAGAGGAUUAUGACAAUAUGAUUCAAGGAUUGAGAAAUGAAGCCAAGGGAUAAGGAGUGUUGGACAAUCUGGAUGCAAUCACUUAAUAUUUCUUGGACAAGAUGAGAAAGAAUCUCCAUGUCGUAUUGUGUUUCUCUCCAGUUGGUGACACUAUGCGUAUUAGAUCUCGUAAGUUCCCAGGUAUCAUCAAUUCAACCAGUGUCGAUUGGUUCCACCCUUGGCCAAAAGAUGCACUCAUCGAUGUGUCAUACAGAUUCAUCCAGGAAGUUGAAUUGGACACUGAUGACUUGAGAAAGAUCAUCUCACUUCAUAUGGCUGAAGUCCAUCUUUCAAUUGAUUAUGCCAAUCAGAAAUAUUUGCAAUUGGAAAGAAGAUACAAUUACACCACUCCCAAAUCAUUCUUGGAGUUGAUUGAUUAUUAUAAGAAGUUGUUGGGUGAGAAGAGAGAAUAGAUCUCCAAACAAAUCAAGAGAUACGAGUAGGGUUUGUAGAUUUUGGCUGAUACACAAGGCAAGGUCUAAUUGUUGCAGGCUGAAUUGAAGAUCAAGAUGGUUGAAGUCGACAAGAAGAAGAAUGAAACUGACAUCCUCAUUGAGAAGGUCGGAAAGGAAUCAGCUGUUGCUGAGGUUGAAUAAAAGAUUGCCAACGAGGAAGAAGAGAAGACCAACGCAGCAUCCAAAGCAGCAGAAGAAUUGGCUGAGACUGCAAGAAUUGAGUUGGAAAAGGCAUUGCCAGCAUUGGAGAAGGCCAAAGCUGCCGUCGAUUGUAUCAAGAAACCACAAAUCACAGAAAUGAAAUCUUUGGGUUCACCUCCCACUGGUGUGUUAACUACUGCCAGAGCUGUGUUGAUAUUGUUAGGAGAGAAGAUCACAUUGUAAGAUCCUGAAGAUAAAUUGUGGAAGAAAUCAUAAUAAGUCAUGAACAAUCCAUAGCAAUUCUUGGAUAGAAUCAUCAAUUUCAAUGGUAAAUAAAUUGAUCCACAAAUAUUGGCAUCUGUCAAUAAAAUCAUUGAAGAUCCUGCUCAGAAAUUCAAUGAAGAAUCAAUGAAAGGACAGAACUUUGCUGCAUCCAAAUUAUGUGCUUGGGCUGUCAAUAUUGUUACUUUCAAUACUAUUUUCAAGUUGGUAGAUCCACUUGAAAAAUCAAGAGAUGCUGCCAUGGCUGAUCUAGAGUAAAAGAAGAAGGAAUUGGGUGUUGUUAAGGAGAAGGUCAGAGCAUUGAAUGAGAAGGUCAACAAAUUAAAACGAGACUUGGAAGAGGCUGAAAGAGUCAAACAAUUGGUCGAGGCUGAUGCAAAUGCUUGUUAAGAGAAGUUGUCAGCUGCUGAGAAACUAGUUAAUGGUUUGGCUGGUGAAAACAAACGUUGGGGAGAAAAUGUCAAGGAAUUGUCCAGCAAUAUCAAAUCGGUUGUCGGAAAUGCAUUGUUAGCUGCUGCCUUUGUUUCAUACAUCGGAGCAUUCUCAGCUAAAUUGAGAUUGGAAUUGUGGUCCAAGAUUUGGUUGACUGAUUUAUAAGCCAAAUAGAUUCCCUUGACUCAAGGUAUCGAUCCACUCAAGAUCUUAACAACUGAAGCCAAGAUCGCCAGUUGGAAGAAUGAAGGUCUGUAAUCAGAUCAAAUGUCUUUGGAGAAUGCUUCAAUUAUUAGUGCUUGUUCAAGAUGGCCACUCAUCAUUGAUCCACAAUUGUAAGGUUCAGUUUGGAUUAGAGGAUCAUAAGGUGAUAAUUUGAUUACCAUCAAUAUCAGUCAAAACAAGUGGUUGUAACAAUUGAAUUAAGCCAUUCCUCUAGGAAAGGCAGUGUUAUUGGAAGGUAUCCAAUAAGAAAUCGAUGCCACUCUCGAUCCUUUGUUGAGUAGAGCCAUCGUUAAGAAAGGAAAGUCCAUUUACUUGGAAUUGGGAGGAGAGCAAAUUGAUUAUGAUCCUAAGUUCAAACUCUUCUUGAUGACUAAAUUGUACAACCCACAUUUCAGACCAGAAAUAGCUGCACAAUGUACCAUCAUUAACUUCAUUGUCACUGAAUCAGGAUUGGAAGAAUAAUUACUUGCUGCUGUCGUGAACAUUGAAAGAAAUGAAUUAGAAAUGAAGAGACAAGAAUUGGUCAAAUAACAAAAUGAAUUCUCAGUGCAAUUAGAUAAGUUGGAGGAGAAUCUUUUGAUUCAAUUGUCAGAAGCUGAUCCUUCCACCAUUUUGGAAAACAAGAGUUUGAUUGCUAACUUGGAUAAUACCAAAUAAACAUCCAAUACCAUCACUGAAUAGAGCAAGAUUGCCAAAGUGACUGAAGUUGAGAUCAAUCAACAAAGAGAAAUUUAUAGAAUUGUGGCUGCUGAAGGUGCUAUGCUUUAUUUCUUGGUAAUUCAAUUGAGUGUUAUGGAACACAUGUAUCAAUACUCUUUGGAAUCCUUCAACAAGUUCUUCUUCAAGGCCAUUGAGAGAACCACCAUCAGAGAUGAAACAAGAACUGAGGAAUUGAGAAAGAACAUCAGAUACACAAUCUAUCAAUGGAUCAGUAGAGGAUUGUUUGAAAAGCACAAGUUAAUCUUUUUGACUUUGAUCACCUUCAGAUUGAUGUAAAAGAAAGUUAUAGAAGUGGUCUAUGAACCAGCUGAAAUGGAUUUCCUCAUCAAAUGUGUCCCAAGAGCAGGUGUUGAAAACAACUUAGAUUGGCUAUCACAAACAGCUUGGGAUUCCGUACAAGGAUUGAUCCAAUUGGAGGAAUUCAAAUUGUUCGCUCAAAAUAUGGAGAAGGAUGCUCCCAUCAGAUUCAAAGAUUGGUACAAUGAAUUGCAACCAGAAGAUGUGAAAUUGCCAUUUGAUUGGAAGAGAUUGGAUCAAAUGCCAUUCAAAAAACUAUUAGUCUUGAGAUGUCUCAGACCAGAUCGUAUCACAUCUGCCUUGACCAACUUCAUCAGACAAGCCUUGCCUUAAGGAGAAUCAUUUGUUGAAAUGGAUUCUAAACUCAACUUCUCAGAAGUUCUUUCUGGAUCAGUCGAUGACUCAGAUGCAACCAUUCCCAUUUUCUUCAUUUUAUCUCCAGGAGCAGAUCCCGUUAAGGAAGUCGAAAAGUUGGCCAGAAUAAAUAAGAUUGAACCAGGAAAGUCAUUCUGGAAUAUCUCCUUGGGAUAAGGUUAGGAUGAAAUAGCCAGACGUAGAAUCGAAGAAGGUAACAAAGAAGGACAUUGGGUCAUGUUACAAAACAUUCACUUGAUGCCCAAAUGGUUAUUGGAAUUGGAGAAGAUUUUGGAUUCAUUCACAGGAGAACAAGGUGGUGGUAAUCCAAGAUUUAGAUUGUUCUUAUCAGCUGAACCCUCAAGUGGAAUCCCCAUUGGAUUGUUGGAUAGAUCAAUCAAAUUGACCAAUGAACCUCCUGCUGGUUUGAGAGCCAACAUGAAGAGAGCUUGGGCUUAUUUCAGCAAAGACGAAAUUGAAGACAAAGAUCCUAAGAUCAAAUCAAUUCUCUUUGGAUUGUGCUUCUUCCAUUCCACUGUCAUUGAGAGAAGACGUUUCGGACCCAAGGGAUGGAAUAUGUCUUAUCCAUUCAACAUGGGAGACUUGAGAGAUUCCUAUUUGGUCAUGAACAGAUACAUGGAACAAGGAGCUGGUGAUACAUCUUCGGAGAAAUCAUGUAUGGUGGUCACAUUGUCGAUGAUUGGGAUAGAAGAUUAUGCAUGGGUUAUUUGGACAAUAUCAUGCAUGAGGGAAUAUUCGAUGAAUUGGAACUUUUCCCAUUCAUUCGAAGGCAAGAACUUGUCCUUCAAAGUUCCUCCACCCAAUAAUUAUGAGAAGUACAUUGAACACAUUGAGUAAGUACUCACUUAAGAAACUCCUCUUGCCUAUGGAUUACAUUCAAAUGCUGAAAUUGGUUUCAGAACCCAAUAAUGUUUGACUCUCUUCUCAACUCUUCUAGAAUUGCAACCCAAAGACAGUGCCAAUGAGGAGAGCAGCAGUGGUAUGAGAACCAAGAAUGAAAUCGUGUAAGAACUCAUCAAACAAUUGGCUGAAGACAUUAACUUGAAAUCCAUGAUAUUCAACAUUGACGAAAUCAAAAACAAGAUUGAUGCUGAAAACAAAGGACCCUAUCAAAAUGUGUUCUUGCAAGAACUUGAAUACAUGAACUUCCUACUCAUUGAAAUUGUUAGAUCCAUGGAAGAAAUCGACCAAGGUUUCAGAGGUAUCCUCACCAUCUCUGAAUAAAUGGAACAAAUCAUUGAUGCCAUCGCUUUGAAUAGAGUACCUGUUGUUUGGGUAGCCUUGGCCUAUCCUUCAAAGAGAGGUUUGGCAUCCUGGUUAACCAAUCUUCUCAAGAGAAUUGAAUAACUCAAUCUCUUCAGAGAUGAUCCCUAUGCAAUCCCCAAAGUCACCAUGAUUGGCAGAUUCUUCAAUCCCCAAUCAUUCUUGACUGCCAUCAAAUAAGUCAUCGGUAGACAAAGAGCACAAGAAUUGAAUAGAUUAUACAUUGCCACUGAAGUCACCAAAAAGAGCAUCGAAGAAAUUGACUAGACUGCCAAAGAUGGUGCCUACGUAUUUGGAUUCGUCUUAGAAGGAGCUCGUUGGGAUGUAGUCACUGGACAACUUGAAGAAUCAAAACCCAAAGAAAUGUUUAGUGUCCUGCCUGUUGUCUACUGCAAAGCACUCAUGGUUCCUGCUGAAGGCAAAGAAGACAAAGCUCUUUAUCAAUGUCCAUGCUACAGAACUGAAGAUAGAGGAAACACCUACAUCUUUACUGGACAACUCAAAACCAGACUCAAUCCAAGAAAAUGGAUUCUGGCUGGAGUAGCACUUCUUCUAGAUGUUGAAGGUGUCUCUGAUGAAGCUGCUGCUGCUAAAAAAGAAAAGAAGGCUUGAAACUCAUUAGAUUUUAUUAUAUAUUAAUUUAAUCAAUUAUUUUAUUA